AUGCUGAUAAAUGAUACCAACUUAUAUAAAAGAUUGGAAGUUGGAAUUCCAAUAUUUACUCUUAUUGGUGAAUUCUGAUCCGGAAAUUUAGGUCAUGAUAUCUUACAAAGAAUAUGCUCUGAUUAUCACUCAGAGCCGAGCUCUUUUUCUUGUUUCUAUGCUGACGCUGCUUAUCUGAUUACUAGUGCCUUGAAUUAUAUUAUAAAUAGAGGGCAUGAUUAUAAUGAUCCAUAUAAACUUAUGGCAGCUAUAAGAACUACUCAGUUUCACGGCUGCGCUGGAAGUGUGAGCAUUGAGAAAGGAAGUAACGAUAGGAUCGUUGAUAAAAUGAUUAUUGAAGGUGCUAAACGUAAUGCAGAUGGAAGUGCUUCAAUCUAUACAAUUGGAAAUUACCGACCUUUCAGCUCAUAG